AUGGCCAGGCGGAAGGGGAAGGAGCCGAUGGAUGGGUCGCCGGGUCCGGCAGGGGAGCAGGCAUCGGGGCCGGCAGGGGAGCAGGCAUCGGGGCCGUCGACUGCAGAAGGUAAGGACCGGACGACGACGAGGACGUGGGCGGAGGUUGUAGCGCAAGGCAAAGGUACGAAUCUGGGGCGGAAAGGGGAGAGACCCGCUGGCCGGUCGCGGCCGGCUCCAUGGGUUACUCACCGGCCGACGGAGACGGAGGUGGCUCGCUUGUGCUACCACUUUUCGUCGGUUUUUGAGCUCUCGGUGGAGCCCAUUGAGGCUGCCCGUCGGGAGUGGGAAGGGUUGGCGCUUGUCGGCCGGAGCCUCGGCCGGCGGGUGCCGGUCGAGUGGGUGGCCAAGGAUGUGGCCGCCCGACUGAAGAAACCAGGGGAGGUGGUGGCGGUGUCUUUAGCCGAUGACCACUUUGCGCUGCGUUUCCGGUCGCCGGAGGUCCGGGACCGCGCCCUGUCGGAAGGGCCCUGGGUGGUGGCGGGGCAGCUCUUAGCCCUGGAGCCGUGGACGCCGGAUUUUCUACCUAGGGAAAAUCCGGUGAAGACGGUGGUGGUCUGGCUUCGGCUGCCUGGGCUCCCUCCAGAGUAUUGGUCGACGGCGACCAUUCUGGAGAUCGCGGGCAAGGCAGGGCGACCACUGGCGGUGGAUGGUGUCACAAAGGGGCGCCGAGCUAUGGGAUUUGCGAGGGUCAAGGUGUCGAUCGACGCUUCUGAGCCCCUCCUCCCUGGCAUCCGGAUACUCGGGAAGACGAAGGCCCUCUGGCAGCCGUUCGUCUUCGAGAGUAUUCCGGACUUAUGCGUGCGGUGUGGUCGGAUCGGACACCUUGAGCCAGGGUGCCGUUUUGGGGCUCCGGCGCCGGCGGAAGGGUGCCCUCCGGGGGAGGAGAUCCGCGGGCCGAUCUACGGCCCGUGGUUGGUAACGACUCGUUCUCGGCAGAUGCGGGAGACAGGUCCGCCGUAG